AUGGCGCUGGGCUUGGAGCAGGCGGAGGAGCAGCGGCUGUACCAGCAGACGCUCCUGCAGGACGGGCUGAAGGACAUGCUGGACCACGGCAAGUUCCUCGACUGUGUGGUGCGGGUAGGGGAGCGCGAGUUCCCGUGCCACCGCCUGGUGCUGGCCGCCUGCAGCCCCUACUUCCGGGCGCGCUUCCUGGCCGAGCCCGAGCAGGCCGGCGAGCUGCGCCUGGAGGAGGUGUCCCCGGACGUGGUGGCCCAGGUGUUGCACUACCUGUACACGUCGGAGAUCGCGCUGGACGAGGCGAGCGUGCAGGACUUGUUCGCAGCAGCGCACCGCUUCCAGAUCCCGUCCAUCUUCACCAUCUGCGUGUCUUUCCUACAGAAGCGCCUGUGCCUCGCCAACUGCCUGGCCGUCUUCCGCCUCGGCCUCCUCCUCGACUGCGCGCGCCUGGCCGUGGCCGCCCGCGACUUCAUCUGCGCGCGCUUCUCACUCGUGGCGCGCGACGCCGACUUCCUCGGGCUCUCGGCCGACGAGCUCAUCGCCAUCAUCUCCAGCGAUGGCCUCAACGUGGAGAAGGAGGAGGCGGUGUUCGAGGCGGUGAUGCGGUGGGCGGGCAGCGGCGACGCCAAGGCGCAGGCAGAGCGCCAGCGUGCGCUGCCCACCGUCUUCGAGAGCAUACGCUGCCGCCUGCUGCCGCGCGCCUUCCUGGAGAGCCGCGUGGAGAACCACCCUCUUGUGCGUGCCCAGCCCGAGUUGCUGCGCAAGGUGCAGAUGGUGAAGGACGCACACGAGGGCCGCCUCACUGUGCUGCGCAAGAAGAAGAAGGACAAGGGGAAGGAGGCAGCCGGGUCCAAGGUUGCUGACAAGGGCACAGGCGAAGCCAAGGCACAGGAGGAGCAGGUGGAGGAGGACGAACGUAUCAUACCCGGGAUCCUCAAUGACACUCUGCGCUUUGGCAUGUUCCUGCAGGACCUCAUCUUCAUGAUCAGCGAGGAGGGAGCCGUGGCCUAUGAUCCAGCAGCCAACGAGUGUUACUGUGCUUCCCUCUCCACCCAGAUCCCUAAGAACCAUGUCAGCCUCGUGACCAAGGAGAACCAGGUCUUUGUGGCCGGGGGCCUCUUCUACAACGAGGACAACAAAGAGGACCCCAUGAGUGCUUACUUCUUGCAGUUUGACCACCUGGAUUCCGAGUGGCUGGGAAUGCCACCGCUGCCCUCGCCGCGCUGCCUCUUCGGCCUGGGAGAGGCUCUCAACUCCAUCUACGUGGUCGGCGGCCGGGAGCUCAAGGACGGCGAGCGCAGCCUAGACUCGGUCAUGUGCUACGACCGGCUGUCGUUCAAAUGGGGCGAAUCGGACCCGCUGCCCUACGCUGUGUACGGCCACGCGGUGCUCUCCCAUAUGGACCUGGUCUACGUCAUUGGCGGCAAGGGCGGUGACAGGAAGUGCCUGAAGAAGAUGUGUGUCUAUGACCCUAAGAAGUUCGAGUGGAAGGAGCUGGCACCCAUGCAGACUGCCCGCUCCCUCUUCGGGGCCACCGUCCACGACGGCCGCAUUUUUGUAGCCGCUGGGGUCACAGACACGGGGCUGACCAGUUCAGCGGAAGUAUACAGCAUCGCGGACAACAAGUGGGCACCCUUUGAAGCCUUCCCACAGGAACGCAGCUCACUCAGCCUGGUCAGCCUGGCGGGCACCCUUUAUGCCAUCGGUGGCUUUGCCACACUGGAGACCGAGUCUGGAGAGCUGGUCCCUACAGAGCUCAAUGACAUCUGGAGAUAUAAUGAGGAUGAGAAGAAGUGGGAGGGCGUCCUGCGGGAGAUUGCCUACGCAGCCGGUGCCACCUUCCUACCUGUGCGGCUCAACGUGCUGCGCCUGACCAAGAUGUGA